AGUUAGGACAGUCCCAUAAUGAGGAACACAUUUUCCUUGAUGAGAAAAGCUUAAUGUGUAAAGUCCAGAAGCAGAUGUCGCUAACAUGUUGCACAGCUGGGAAUGAUUGAGAGCAGCCACUCAACGCCGGUGAAAAAACGGACUUGAGAUUUAGAGAAGAAAGUCCUCUGUAAUUGGACAGGGCUUGAGUGGGGGCUUUUGGAGGGUGGGGGCAAAAAGCAUGCAGGGGAGAAAGGGUAAAUGCAAGUCUUUGCCAAAUAUACUCCAGAUUACUGCGGAGACUCACGGUGGGACAAAGAAACGGGCUGUGCCUUUAAAUUGAUCAGAGUCUCCUCUCUCUGUGACAAUGAGGUUAAUUGCUCUCCUGUUGGCAUUGGGACUCCUGAACUUCACGCUGGCUCAGGACAGAGAUCCCUUCCAUUGGCUUUCAGCUUUGCACAGUCGUGGUUACGCCUCUCUGCAGGCCGACAACACCGGUGGACAAUGUCCAGAUGAGUGCGACUGUCCUCCAACCUUCCCAACCGCCAUGUACUGUGACAACCGCAACAUGAAAAAAGUGCCUUACAUCCCGUCUCGGAUGAAGUACGUGUACCUGCAACACAAUGAGAUCACCUCGGUCCCAGACAAUGCUUUCGGUAAUGCCACCAACCUAGAGUGGGUCAUGUUGCACCAGAAUCACAUUAACUCGGUGGGCAAGGAUGCGUUUUCUAAACUGCCGAACUUGAAUCGCCUUUACCUGAAUGACAACAACCUAACAGAGGUGCCGGCCAAUCUGCCCCGCUCGUUACGUGACCUUCGUCUCAAUCACAAUAAGAUCGCCAAAGUGUCCACCAAUGCUUUCGAGGGGAUGGAGAACUUGACCAUUCUUCUGCUUCAUAACAACGGCCUGCAGGAAAUCAGCGGGGGCUUGCAAAGCCUCAAGUCUUUAACUCUGUUGGACGUGAGCAGUAAUCAGCUGAAGAAGAUUCCAGAUGGUCUUCCUGAGAUGCUUCACCAACUCUACCUGGAGUCAAACUCCAUCGACGCCAUUCCAGCAAACUUCCUUAACCAUUUCACCAACCUGCAGUAUGUUCGGUUUGGUCACAAUGACUUGACAGAUAAAGGUAUCCCGCAAAACACCUUUAACAUCAGCGGUCUGGUGGAGCUCGAUUUAUCCUUCAACAAGCUGGAGAGGAUUCCAAUUGUUAGUACCAGUCUGCAGCAUCUCUAUCUACAGGCCAAUCAGAUCAAAGAGUUUACAUUGGGCAGUUUCUGCAGCGUGGUGGAUGUAAUGAACUUCUCCAAUCUGAGGGUUUUGCGUCUGGAAGGGAAUGAAAUAAGUGCUGGAGAUAUGCCAGCUGAAGCUGCUCUGUGCCUUCGCCGCGCUUCUGAUAUUGCUGUGUAAUGUCACAUGUCAACCAGCAGUGGGCUCUUUUACUUUUCUCCAUCAUUACUAUCUCGAAUGAUGUGGCAUGACAAAUGCAUUGAGGUUCAUUUUAUCUUUAGGGGAAUUUAUACUAUUUGCUAUUUGGUAUAAGAGAAAUGUAAUUUCCCGUGGACUUCAGAGAGAUAUACAAAUACUGAAAUGGAAUAAAGGAAAAAUGUAAAGAUUAGAUAGGAAAUGGGGAUCUUCUGUUAAGGUAUGUGAAGCUUGUUUGGUUUUAUCAAAAGGUCUGAUAUGCGUCCGUUUGCUUUAUUGUUUAUGUGUGAGUUUGUAACAGAGCUACAAUCAAAACUGCAGUCUGCCAUUUGAUUUGCAUUUGAUUUACUUCAGGUGUGCACAAAGUGGAUUCAGAUUCAGGAAACAAGUUUGAACAGUACUGUGAGUAUUGAGACAGAUGAAUGGACUUACUUGACUACAUCACACUAACUGAUACUAUAAUGUUAUAUGAACAUUAUAAAAACAAUGAUGUCUUCUUAGCAUUGAAUGAUCAUUAUCUAAACAUUUGAAAAAAAUUUAAGAGCAAAUAUAUUGCAUGUGAUAUGUUAACAAGAUUUUUCAUUUGCCUCAAUAAAGACAACUUAUUUUAUUUUAUAAAAUGCCUUUUUGUGAACACAAUCCCUAUGCAAUUGCAAACAAAUCAUGUAUUUUGGUCAUAUUUCAGUCCUGUUACCUUUUUACAGUAUAUUGAUUUUAGAAAGUAAACUGCAUUCCCCUAGAAACAAAAAAAAGCUGUUAAAUUUUUUGAAAGCCAGUGUUGACAUUUGUAAUCACCUAAACAGACACGCCCCUACCCCAAUAGAUUCUGG